CGACAACUGAGGCCUCUCUUGGGAUUCUUACUUCGCUCAGCUUCAAUUCAUUCACAUUCUCCUUUUCGUCUCAUCAUCUUCCCCCCUUUUUACAAAUUGGAUUACUUAAACCAUGGACCUCGUUCUAAAUGGAAUCUAGACGUGCAAAUGGAUUUGAACGCGAUCGGUAUAAUAUUCAUGGGAAUUAAUUUGCAGAAUUUAGGAUUGUGAACAGAUGCUUUUCAUGCUUCGGUAGUUCUUUAUCUAAUCAUACUUGGUUAAUUGAUAUAUUUUGAAGUGGUUGGAUUUCGCGUUGGACAUCAUUGUGUGCGACGCGGUUUCCAUGAAGCCGAAGAUGGAUGAAAGUUGUUGGUGGUCGUCGACGAUACCGGCGAGUAAGAGAGCCUCGCACGUCAUCAUCAUCGGGUUCUUAUGCGUAACCCUGGCGGCAGGUUUAUCAGACGAUGGCGGGUUGCAAACGAGAAGAGAACAGGCCGACACGAGGCAACAUCACCAAAAUCAGCAACAACCUCACACAAUUUCAGCAACAAUCAGAGACGCUGACAACAGCGUGUUGCUGCACAAUCUCUUAGCUACAAAAAACAGUGCCAGCAUCAGCACAGACUCCUCCGCAACGGGGCACAAAUCCAGUAGUCUUAGCAAUAAUAUUAUUAAUCAAAUAAAAGUAUCAAACAUUACAUCGUCUUCGUCGACGAUAUCAAAAUUAACUGCUUCAGUGCUGUCGAGAUUAAACUCUUUGCCACCCUCAUCAUCAUCUGGUUCAAAUAGAAUAGAGCGAGGUGAGAGGUUGCAUAGCUGGAGCCCAAUGAGUUCAGACUCGAUGCUCGAGCACCACCUACGGACAGGCAGCCAGGCCGACGCCGAGCCCAGUCGGAGGGUAAGGAGAAAAGCAUCAAGUCGAGGGAGUACCCUUAUUUACAACUCCAAGCAGCCGACGCAGCUUUUCUGUAGAACCAACUUUCGCCUUGCCGUUCACGAGGACGGAACGAUAAACGGAACGAGGGAUAAUAUGGAUGUAUAUUCUAGUCUUUACAUCCAGUCGCAGAGGCGGAGUAUUGUUUCCAUCAAGGGACUUCGAAGCCAGCUUUACGUCUGUGUCGACGAUAGCGGCAGCCUUUAUGGAGACACCCGAGUAAGUCGGAACUGCUACUUCCAGGAGAAGCUUGAGCCCAACUUCUUCAACACCUAUGCCUACAAGAUGCCGGACAGCACCAGCAAGCGACGGAGACACCGUACCCUCUUCCUCUCCAUCAACAAGUACGGCGAGUCGAGGAUCGCCAAGGUGCGCACACAGAAGAAGGCGCAGUUCAUUCCGCUGGUUCCGCCCGAGGAGCUCUUGUGA